AUGACCAUCAUAGGGACUCAGUUCGCUGCCAGCCUGCCUGCGUGCUCACUCCUCGCGCGGCUGGCGGUCCCGCGUUUGUGCAGGCAUCCCAACCAAGUAGCAAAUCCCAUCCCAUCUUCAGAUGCACGUCCCCUUGGCCCCCGCCCCCCCCCCCCCGGGCCAGCCAUGCAGACACCAGACAGGGCCAAAGAGCAACAAGGCCCUCCUCGUCUCUGCCAACAGUGGGAGCGCGCGUAUCCCGCCUCUCCGACUGAUGGCUUGUCAUUUCGUUCUGGGGUGCAUCUAGACCCCGUCGCCGAUGCCGCGCUGCGUGGGCGUUUCUUGCUUUCUGUGCAGGAGAGCCGCCUGCUCACCAAGCCGUCUCUCCAAUCACCGGCGACACCGCGGGGUGCCUGGUCCACCGUCGACGACGCCACAGUUCGGGUUGACGGUUGA